GCGCCGCGGGCGGAGGGACGCGCGGAGAUGACGCAGGCAGCACCGGAAGCCGCUCCCCUGUGAGGUUGCAGACCCCGAGCGGCGGCCGCUGGUCCAGGCGCCAUGGCUGCGGAGCGGACCCGGCCGCUGCGAGGCUCUGGCGGCCCGAGCGCGCCUAGUCGGUGUGAGCCCGGCGCGAGGUCCCGGGCCCCGGGGCGCUCGCUCAGGUAAAUUUUUCCAUAACCUUAUGGAGAGAAAGGACUUUGAGACAUGGCUUGAUAACAUUUCUGUUACAUUUCUUUCUCUGACGGACUUGCAGAAAAAUGAAACUCUGGAUCACCUGAUUAGUCUGAGUGGGGCAGUCCAGCUCAGGCAUCUCUCCAAUAACCUGGAGACUCUCCUCAAGCGGGACUUCCUCAAACUCCUUCCCCUGGAGCUCAGUUUUUAUUUGUUAAAAUGGCUCGAUCCUCAGACUUUACUCACAUGCUGCCUCGUCUCUAAACAGUGGAAUAAGGUGAUAAGUGCCUGUACAGAGGUGUGGCAGACUGCAUGUAAAAAUUUGGGCUGGCAGAUAGAUGAUUCUGUUCAGGACGCUUUGCACUGGAAGAAGGUUUAUUUGAAGGCUAUUUUGAGAAUGAAGCAACUGGAGGACCAUGAAGCCUUUGAGACCUCAUCAUUAAUUGGACACAGUGCCAGAGUGUAUGCACUUUACUAUAAAGAUGGACUUCUCUGUACAGGGUCAGAUGACUUGUCUGCAAAACUGUGGGAUGUGAGCACAGGACAGUGCGUUUAUGGCAUCCAGACCCACACUUGUGCAGCAGUGAAAUUUGAUGAACAGAAGCUUGUGACAGGCUCCUUUGACAACACUGUGGCCUGCUGGGAAUGGAGUUCUGGAGCCAGGACCCAGCACUUCCGGGGGCACACAGGGGCGGUGUUUAGCGUUGACUACAAUGAUGAACUGGAUAUCUUGGUGAGUGGCUCUGCAGACUUCACUGUGAAAGUAUGGGCUUUAUCUGCUGGGACGUGCCUGAACACACUCACCGGGCACACGGAAUGGGUCACCAAGGUGGUUUUGCAAAAGUGUAAAGUCAAGUCUCUUUUGCACAGCCCUGGAGACUACAUACUCUUAAGUGCGGACAAAUAUGAGAUCAAGAUUUGGCCAAUUGGAAGAGAAAUCAACUGCAAGUGCUUAAAGACAUUGUCUGUCUCUGAAGAUAGGAGUAUCUGCCUGCAGCCAAGACUUCAUUUUGAUGGCAAAUACAUUGUCUGUAGUUCGGCACUGGGUCUCUACCAGUGGGACUUUGCAAGUUAUGAUAUUCUCAGGGUCAUCAAGACUCCUGAGAUAGCUAACUUGGCCUUGCUUGGCUUUGGAGAUAUCUUUGCCCUGCUGUUUGACAACCGCUACCUGUACAUCAUGGACUUGCGGACAGAGAGCCUGAUUAGCCGCUGGCCUCUGCCAGAGUACCGGAAAUCAAAGAGAGGCUCGAGCUUCCUGGCGGGUGAAGCAUCCUGGCUCAACGGACUGGAUGGGCACAAUGACACGGGCUUGGUCUUUGCCACCAGCAUGCCUGACCACAGUAUUCACCUGGUGUUGUGGAAGGAGCACGGUUGACGCCACGAGCUGACCACUGCUGACCGACUUUGGGUGCCGGGGCUGCGGGUUUUCAGUGCAACCUCUCUGGCAGCCGACUGCAUGAACCAAAGUUCUCACCUAAUGGUAUCAUCGCGCAAUGCACAAUCAUUUAUCUGUGUUUGCCAGGGGGCCAGGGCUCGGGGCGGGGGAGGGCUUGUUUUCUUGACACACAGCACAGCAUGCUAAUGGGGUACACCAUUGACUUCAUUUGUACUUAGUUACGUUGGUCAGUAUAAGAGGAUGCAUUUGGGGUUCAUCUUUCUUGAAUAUUGGUUUUCAGUAAAGAAGGUUAAAUGGUUCAUUAAUCUGCUAAUUGGUUGCCUGUAAAAACACAGUCUAUUAAAGCUUCUUACCAUCGCCUUUUUUUCUUUUGAAGUUGAAGCAAAGGUGCUAUGAUGUUGUUCCAGCAACUUCUCUCACGUGGAGUUUAGCUUUUAUAACCGCCAGUGUUAUAAAGACCACUGAGUCCUAUGACAUUCAUGAACUCUCCACCAAAUACCAGUUCUAAAGAAAGUUUGUCUUCCAGGGCAAAUCAAGUUCUAUAAAUUGAUUGUUCACAACACAUUCUAAACUCUAGUACUCGGCAGAGUCAAGGUUGGCCAUGUCUGAGGUGUAAGGGAGUUCUGGAGUUUUUGUUUCCAUGUGGAGCAAGCUGGUCCUCAGUCCCCCACCGCUUGGGUGAGUGCACACAGGUGAUGGGAUAUAGUAGAAAGAGCACUGAGCUGGAAGGUUGAAGACCAGCUCUGUUACCUAGCAUCCCUGCAGUAUACCCCUCAGUAUAUCACUUUCCUGGGCCCCAUUUUCCCUGCCUGUGUUAAGCUAAGUGAUUUCUAAGGUUUGGUCCUGUGUCUGCUGAGGUGUGGACAAAAGUUGGUAUUUCAGUUUUGUCCGAUUCAUUAUUUCUUUUAGGUUGAAGAUACUUAAAUGAAAUCAUUGGUACAAAGUUAUUAUCUAUAAGGAAACCAGAUAAAUGACAAGGAUGGAUAAAGGGGGAAUGUAGAAAAUAUAACAGAUUCCACCUAGAAAAUGUUAGCAACUGGAUGAAAUGCUAAGGGGAAUCGUGGUUCUUUAGACAGAAUGGGUGGUCUUGGAAAGAAAGACACCUGAACCUGACUUUUCUUGCUCCUUUGCCUCUAAUCUGAUGUGUGGCUUCAGGCAGAUUAACUUUCUAUCCCUGGACCCUCAUGUUCAUCUUUAAAAUGAAGGAAUUGCCCUAGAUUAGGGUUCACAGACUCAAAUGCCCGGGGCAGCCAUUCACAUGACAUAAAUGAUUGGAACGUGCUGGGCAGGGUUGUGCUGAAUCAUGGAAAGCUCAUCUAAUGGGGCAGUUACUCAGCUCUGAGUGUUAGGUAGAAGUGAGCCCAGUGGUGGCAGCUCUUAGGAUUUUUUUCAGGAGGAAGUGGAAAUCCAGAUUUUUAUUUGAAAUCUGAUUUUUAACAUGUUGACAGCUAAUCGAGGGUAGUUUGAAAUAGAGUGAGCUAAACAAAGUGUGUCUACGAGCUGCCGGUUUGUAUCCUCCACCCUCUCAUUCUUGUAAAGUUAGGUAACUCUGGCAUCAGCAGUGGGAAUGUUUUAACAUAAUUGUCACAGACAUUAGGGAGAGAGUAGAGGGAGCCAGCCCCAGGAUAAUUCACCUGUUUCCCAUUGUGUUACAGGAAAGUGAGGGGGCAUAUUUCAUCUGUACACCAACAGGAAGUAGUUUGAAGAUGAACACACAAACUGGAACCUCAGUUGUAGCCUCUGCCUGGGAGUGUGAGCGACUCAUUCUUGCUGGCACCAAUAUAAAGCAUAUCCAUUUCACAGGUGGACAGAGGGCUUGCUGGCAGAGCUGGGAAGGAAACCAAUCCUGGUGGAGACCCAGCUCUCCCAGAAUCCGCAGUAGCACGGAGCCAAUGCCGUGAAGUUAACUCUAGAGAAUCGGUGGUCAGUUUCAAGGACAGGUGUAGUUCAUAGUCCUCUUGGGACUCUAAGGAGAUUAGGCAAAAGAAUAGUAUCUUCUCCAUCCCCAAAGUCCAUCUCACACUGAGUUGUGUGCAUGAGCUCUGCUCGGUCUUCCAGAAAUGGACUGGGAAUUGCGGCUGGGCUCCAUUUUGCAGGAGCCUCAGGGGACGUGGGGCAGUGAGGAGGGCGAAUGCCUUUUUCCUUUUCCUCCGACCUGAACACAUCUCUGAGAUCACUGAUCGGAUGACCAUCCCUACUCCCACCUCACUUCCAGAUACAUCCAGCAGUUUCACAGGGCAAGUAAUUACAGUUACUUGUGGGAAAUUUUUUUUUUUUUUUUCAAAUGACAAGCCUGGAACUUGUGUGGCAUGUCCCAUUUCAGUUUUCAGUGGAUGCUGGAGUUAUCCUCCUGGUGGUAGCUUGGUGCAGCUCAUGUUGACAGCAGUACCUGAGGCAGGGGCUGGAGUCCUAGCUUUGAUUCCUCCUCACAGAGGCCUUUGUUAGACCUGAGCAUUUUAUUUAAUAGCUUUAUAGGUGCCAGGUUUAAUCAGACAAGUGCCAGUUUUUAUGAAAAUGAAAAGCUGACACAUCCUUUAAAAAGCAAAGUGGAGGGUCAGUGAGAGAAGUGGGUACGGGCUAGCCGAAGCUGGAGUGGCGUAGUCCCCCUGCUUCGCGUUAGGGGGCUACCUUCCCCGCGCGUUGACUGCUGCUUCCUUAGCUCAGAGGGGAGGAAAUUGCCUUUUCCUCUUUUUUUGUGAGCAUUCUCAUUUCUGGAAAAUUUGUAAGUCAUGGGCACAGAGACCCCAUCCUUUUUUUACGAGCGUUGGAUUUCUUGAGUGAAGUUGUGUGGUGGAAGCGAAGGGCUCCUUUCCUCUCGGGUUCAUAAAGAGCAGGGAAACAACUUCAGGCUCCGGGGUGAGGAUGAGGGUCCAGGAGAGCUGAGUGAGUGGGACGUUUUCACAUUCCAAAGGGAGGUAAUUUCCUCCAGGCCAAUAUUUGAAGUAAUAAGUCAGAUUUGUCAAAAUUGGCCCUAAGCUGACCUUUAGACCUAUCAGAGAAAUAGGAAGAAAGACUUCUUUUCAGGGGUGGGGCUAGACGUUGAAAAGUUCCACAGGAAAGUACAGUUUUGGAUAGCUUUUCAUAAGUGGAAGGUAGGGGAAUACUGCUAUUAAAUUUUAAGGAUUGCACUUCAUUUUUCAUAGUUAAAAAAGACCGUUCUGGCCACUGCAGACACUUGUAAAGUAUGAAUGAGGAUUAUGUAAUCAUUCUAGUGUUUGUUCUCAGGAGAGUGAUUACUGCUGUGCAUUUAGAAAACAUCUUAGGGAGAAAAGAAAUAUUUUUGGAAAGAGUAUUAUUUUAGACACAAAGUUGUUUGUUAGGUUAGGCGUUUUGACCUAACAGAGGUAGCUAAGGAUGGUGGAGCCGGGCUUUACAACAUUGCUUUGGCCAAACCCAGCCAGCUCCUUGAAGCUGUGGCUGUGUGCCCUGGCUUCUUGGGAACCUAGAGGUGAAUCUUCCACUAUCACUCUACCAGUCUCUGGGCCUCCUCCGCUGGGCCUCUUACGGGCCGAGGUGGCCUGCAAGUGCCUUUCUCAGUAGGGAAGUGUACAGAAUCUGAUCACCGCUCUAGGAUGCAGUCUGGGGCAGGGCACACGGUCACCUUUGCCUUUAGGGACACAGAGUUUGUCGGGGUAGGGGCGAAGCUCUUUAGGUCUGUCCCCUUGACACAGGCUUCCUACCUGGUUAUGCUGGGGCUUGCUAAGAUAUUUUUAAGACCACCAAGACCCUCUUGUGAAUUAUGCAGUUCCCAGCUAGAGUGUCUGAUGGAAAGAGCAGGUUAGCAUUUUUGAUAGAAAUGCCCACUAGCCAUCUUUGGCAGUGUUCGAUCAGAGGGUCCCUUGUGACUACUCUAGGAAAGUGAAAGUUUUUUCCAGAAUAAAUCCUCCAGUAGAGUCCUGGAUAGUCUUUGCACCACUCCCUAGUCAGGCUGAAUGAUCAUGCUCAGUGCAAGAUGGAUGUUUGCCAUCAAGUAGUUUCAGUGUGCUUCCAGUCUUCCGUACAACAGGGAACUUUAGUUGCUUCAGGUUAGUAUCACAGUCCUGAGGAGUGUAACCCCACUGGAUUAUUGCAGUUUAAACCCAGCUACUUCUCUUCGUGAAUGUGCUCAAAUUAAAAUGUUUUUGCAUAUUUAAGCCUGGAAAAUCAUUAAUUCAGAUGACGAAGCUCACAAUUAUUCUGUGUCCCUCUAUUCACAUUGUGAACAGACGUAUUUCACUAAUUUAGACUUAGUGCUCUUGAUGAGAACGCUCAGGUUGAAAAAGGCUGGUCUCACCAAUCCAACGUCUGUGGCAGUGUGGUAAAAAUGUUAUCAACUCCUGUUUCACUAAUUUGAUGUAUGUUGUGAUCUAGGGAAAAGAGCUGAAGUUUCUAUCUGAAGUGUCUUUGGGGUGCGGGGAGAAGGGAUCGCCAAGGCAGAUAGUGGAGCAAAUGGGGGACAAGAUGUCUCCAUACAAUGAGAAGUUAUUUUCAUGCAUCACGGGAGCAUUCUUCUACCAUGGUGAUUGUGCUAACUAUAAAUCAUUGAUACUUAUACAUUAAGGCAGGUUCUCUCAAUUAGGCAACGUUUGGUUAGUCAAGUCCAAGUUAUUGUUUGUACUUGAAAGUAAUAAAGCUGCAUUUCCUUAAAAAUACAUCCGGUA